ACAGAUCAGGCUGCGCACGCACAGUUACCAAGGAUUUUUGUUCACACAACUUCCCAUGUGGGAGGCUCCUGCGUCCCUGUUACAGACUGCAGGAUCCUCGAUGCAUAUUGCAGUCACCAUUAUCUACAUUUUUAAUUCCCUCCCCGUAUAACGCGAUUUAGUCCUUUCUCAUUCAGCGCCAAAUUACCCGGUGACCAAAAAUGUGCCACGGAAACGACUCGCUAAUUCCACAUAAUUAAGCAAAGUAGUUAAUCACAGCAGCGUGUGAACCUCGUGAACUGGGCUCGCUAAUUGACUGCCUGUUGUCCCUCGGUCACAUUUAACUGCUCCAUCUAGUGGCCGCUCGCUUGAACGCGACGCCUUUCUCUCUCCACCGUACAUCCAGUUAUUCAUUUAUUUAUUUAUUUAUUUUUUUUUUUUGUCACCGUGAGAAAUAAAGUGCCCAGUGUAGAGCGGGGACAUCAGUGGCUCUUUCAAACAGCGGAAGAUCGCCGGAGACGGAGGAGCGCUUUCACUCUCUGUGGCGAUUAAAGUUGGGGGAGACACGCUGAUGACCUGCGAGCAUCCUCCCGGGGGAAACUGUGCAUUUAACUGGCUUAACGAGCGUCAGUUUCCAUCUCCUCACCGCACAUCAUUUGUUGCUGUCCAACAGUCCGACGGCUGCGCUUCAACCCCAGCGCCCUGACGGACACGAACGGACUCCGAGGAUCACAGAUGGACUGGCUCACACCUGAGAUGUGAAGUGUGUUAUGUGAGCCAAGGUGUUUUCCCACCUUGCUGGUGGCGGGGAGCGAUGCCGCACUCCGUUGCCAUGACAGCAGAAGUCCUCUUUGUUCUUGGGUUCCUGAUGAGCGGCGCUCAGUGUAAUCCUAUAGCGACCUUACCAGUGAGCCGGGAGCGUUUGGAAAGAGUGUUGACCCAAGCGAGGGAAGACAAACACCAGGACAAGCAGAACCCGGAGGAGACGCUGGGAUACGGCGCUCAGCAGAGGCCCGAGGAAAUCAAUGCCUCGGGCCCCAACAGGACUGCCGUGAGCCGCGCCAGGCCGAACUUCAGCUCUCAGACGCGGGGAUCUAAAGGCGGGAAGUCACAGGAGCUGUGGAGUGAACAGGACACCAUGAACCAAAUAGACGAGGGCCCCACCAGCGAUGUCACCCUCUCCCUGGACGCAAUCGAUGAGUACGCCUACCCAGAUUACAGGGGGAAAGGCUGCAUGGACGAGAGCGGCUUUGUGUUUGCCAUUGGCGAGCAGUUCACCCCGGGCCCUUCAACGUGCCCUUGCCUGUGCACGGACGAGGGCCCUCUGUGCACCAAGCCAGAAUGUCCCAAGGUCCACCCUCGCUGCAUUAAAGUGGACACUAGCCAAUGCUGCCCGCAGUGCAAGGAGAAAAAGAACUACUGCGAGUUCCGGGGCAAGAUCUAUGCCUCGCUAGAAGAGUUUAAGGUGUCUCCAUGUGAGAAGUGCCGGUGUGAGCCAAGCGGCGAGGUGUUGUGCUCCGUGGCAGCCUGCCCACAGACGGAGUGUGUGGACCCGGAGUAUGAGCCGGAUCAGUGCUGCCCCAUCUGCAAGAGCGGGCCAAAUUGCUACGCGGACACGUCGGUGAUACCGGCCGGCCGUGAGGUGAAGAUUGACGAGUGUACAAUCUGCUACUGCACGUAUGAGGAGGGCACGUGGCAGAUCGAGCGUCAGGCCACCUGCAGUAAGAACGAGUGCCAGCGGAGCUAGAGACCGGCACUAAUCCACACCGGUGCCAAUCCACAUGUACACUCUCGGCCUUUCACCGGACAUCAGGGUCGGACCCUCAAGUGUUUCAGCAUUUAUACUGCAGUCACUCCUGUACAGUAUUACUGGGAAACAAAAAAAAAAAAAAAAAAGGUUUUAUGAAAGUUUAUAAUCCACACACAGAAUAUCUAUUUAUCUAUGUAUUAAAUUAUUUAUGAGUAUGUACAAAAAAUAGGGGUCAUUAAUGCUGAACUAGUGACGAGAUAUUUUUUAUAGCCUCUGUAUUUUAAUAAGCAAUGUAUUGGACCAGAGGUCACUCAAACAACAGAAUGUAUAGAACACACACAGCUGUCUUUGGAGGUGAACGCCUCAACGUCUCGACAUGUGGUGUCAUCCGACAAAAUCCCGACGCCCGUCCCUCUACCACCAAAGUGCAGACUAGAGCGUGUGCGGUCCGUUUCAGAGCAGGGGGCUGAGGAUUCGCUGUGUAGGACGAUCAAGUUCAGAGUCGGAAGCAACAAGCGAGAAGAACUGAUGGAAAUUCAAGAGGAUAUGACUGUUUCCUGAUUUCUUUUUAUCUUUUUUGGAUGUUCAGACGUGCUUUGAUUUGUAAGUGAUUCUUUUUUUUUUUCUUUUUUUGUAUUUCUCUUGUGUGUUCAUGUUUAAAAUAAAUGCCGAUCUGUGCUCCGUAAC